UCUACCUCUCUGUUGUUUCUGGCAUCUGUAGCUGUGCAAAGGCGAAACUCGUUUGGAUCAUGUCAGGCAAGGAAAAUUUUCCCCUUUCACCAUGCUCCCGACAGACUGGGAAACAAGCUGGUACCGAUCCUAGGGUCUCCCCACCUUGGGCCUGGGAGUUACAACAGUGAAGAGAGGAGUACCAUAGUAUAUGCCUUGACUCAUAAACCAGAAAGCAUCAAAGGUUAUAUACUAGGAGCAAGAACAUCCCCACGUUUUCCACCAGACUGCAAGACUGUGACUCCUGGCCCUGGAACACAUCAGCCAUCAUGGGGCAAAGAUCAAAAGUUCCAGCCUGCAUACGCCCCAUUUUCCAUCAAGUCGUCACGAUUUCCGCAGAAGGCACUGGAUAGAGAGCUUUUCCCUGGACCUGGAACCUAUAAAGCAGACAAGCUGCCACAUAAGAAAAUCACUUGGCCUAUGAAGUUUGGGUCUCCAGAUUGGUCUUUAGUACCAAUGCUAGAGAAGAGGACUCUAAGAACAGAGUUGAUCACAGAUAAAGAAUUCAGGAAAUAUCGGAAUCGACUGGCCUACUUGAGCUUAUACUACAGCUGAAUAGUUCUUCUCAUCAGAGCCUGUCUUAUCCUGUCCAGUUAAGUGUCUCAAUUCUGUUUUUAGCUCCACCAAAAAUUGGGGUGGAUCACUGGUUCUGCAGAACUGGCCAAUGUUUACAUUAGUGCUUGAUUAGUGUCUUUUCAUUAAAAAAAUACAGUGUUAUCUUUAGAACAUUCUUUAGUGUCAGGGUAUGUGGCCACUGUGCAGGGGCUGAGUUUAAAUGACAUGUGGCUUUUGGUGCUAGUGGGUUUGAGUCUUUACUUCCUUGGGUCUUGCACUGUAACUAGCAGUAGUGCAAGGUGGGUGUAAAAUGCUAGCAAAUCAGAAUGUGCAGGAAUAAGCAAAGUAGUGGAGGAUAAAGCCUCAGAAAGUCCACAGUUUACGAACGGGAUGUGUUCCAAAAGUUCAUUUGUAAGUCGGUUGUUUGGAACUUGGAACACAUAGUCCCAUAGAAACAAUGUUAUGAAUGGUGUUAGGUUCCCAGGCUGGCCCACAAAAGCCUACUUCAACUCAUAAUGUAGCUGAAAGAUUGUAUAUUUGCAAUAAAAAUAGUGAAAUAGUGUUUUUUAUUUAACCUUGAAUGCUGGUGCUUGAGGAAAGACAGGCUUAGAAGAGGAUGAGAAGGUAGGUGGAGAUUAUAAAGGGCAUUCCCCGGCUGCCACUCUUCUACCCCCCACAGGCUGUCCACCAGUUCCUGUAGCCAGCCCCCUCUCCUGGCUGUCCCCCACUGGGCUGUAUCCAGACCCCACUCACUAGGAGUGGGCGAGCAGUCUGAACGCAGGCCAGAGGGCUCUGGAGGAGCAGAGAGUGGCUGUGUAGGCAGCUGGAGAGAAGUGGCAGUUUUCCCUUCAAAGCGCUGCUUCUCUCCAACCUUUGGCUGUGCAACUGCACCCUGCUACUCUGGAGUCCUGCAGCCAGCAUUUGCCCCUCCUUGCCAUCACCUGUGCCUCUUGCCUGUUUCCUGAGGCUGCAGGUGAGCUUUUGUUUGUGUGUGCGGGAUGUUUGUGAGUCGGAUGUUUGUAGCUUGGGGAGUGCCUGAAGCAGUAUUGCUGGCCUGUGUUUCCAGCCACCACUGGGGGUCAUGUUCACCUAACAAACUUGAGAGUCCUCCUUCCACAGAUUGAAAUCAGUAGGAGACGGCUCCUAAAUGCCUUCGAGGUUCCAGGCCAUACCAUUUGUAGCUCAUUCAGAGAGAUUGGGAUGGAAAGCAGAUGCUGCCAGAAGGUAACUGGCUGUGGAUCGAGAAAAUCUGAUUAGAGUUAAUGAAAAAUAGAAGGGUUUUUCUCUAGCAGUGUCCUGCAUAUUGGAGGCCCCUAAAAUGCCAGCUGCCCCAGGGCAUAUCUACAAUACAAGACAGAAUUCAUGGUGUUUAUAAGUGUUUCAGGGAGAGUUAGGGAGGGGUUAAAGAUGCAGUGUUUGUCCAUUUCCUGUAUGAUUUCUUCCCAUUCCUUUGCAUACUUGCAAGGCUCUCGAAAAAUAAAUGCAUUUUUAAACUAGUAAUUCCACCACUAGAAUGAUCCUCCAAAACUGAUCUCCCCCUCCCCCCUUCUAGCCAUAAGCUCUCCUGCCCUUUGCCCAAAAGAAAUCAAUAAAAACUGAUAAAAAUAAAAAUAAUAAUCCGGUCCCAGGAAGGUAAAAUUGGCAGAAGUUCCAGAGACUUUGUUAUUGCUACUGAUUUUCCAUGGAAGUGCUUAGAGGGACAAGUAUAAAACCCUGCAAUGGGUAGAUAAUUUCCAUGCUAGGCCUGUGGUACUUUCUGCAGACACUGAAAUACAAGGAAAUCCCUUAUCAUUCUAAAGCUAUAGCUCUGAACACAGAUGCUUUAGCGGCAAUUGCUAAUAUUUCAUUAGCAAACUGUUAAUGGUCCUCAUCGUAACUGUGUUUCCUCUUAUUACAAAAAAAAGCAAGUAGUCCUGUGGCACCUUAGAGACUAACAAAAAUAGAUAUAUUGUAUCACCAACUUUCAUGGGCACAACCUACCUCUUCAGCUGAGUGGAGCAAAAGGCACAGAAACCCCAACAUUUAAAGCAGAAAAAGAAGGGAGAGGGGAAGGGGAGAAAAAACAGAAACCCCAACAUUUAAAGCAGAAAAAGAAGGGAGAGGGGAAGGGGAGAAAAAACAUGUGUCAAUUAUAAUAUCCGUGCUAAAUGAGGCUGCUUUAAAUGUUGGGGUUUCUGUGCCUUAUGCUCCAC